AUGAUCUGCCGAAGCUGCCGGACCAGUAUGUUCUCGCGGCUCCCGCAAAAACAGGCCGCGACAUGGACCGCAUCAUUAUCCUCGCGACAAUUGCCAAUUGCCCGCAGCCAAUUCCGCUCCUACAGUGACAACAACCCUCCCGUGGCUGCUCCUCCUUCCCCCUCCGCCCCCCGCCAGCCUGCCGCCGGUGACAGCACCACUCCCUCCGCCAUCUCCUCCGCAACCCCCGGCAUUUCGCAGCCGUUGAGCACCCCCGAGACCGUCCAUGUGAACCCGGUCUCUACGCCCAAGCCGGCUCAACGUCCGCCGAGCAGCUGCCCGGCCGGCACAAAGAUGAACGGUCUGAACUACUUCAAGAACAAGCCUGACGUGGUCGCCAAGGAAGACCACGAGUACCCGGACUGGCUCUGGGAUCUGCUGGGUGAUUCCAGCAAGCAGGCCAAGGAGAAGAAGGGUGGCAUUGACCUGAGCACGCUGAACAAGAAGCAACGAAAGCGCUACGAAAAGAAGCUCGCCGCUCGCACCGAAAAACUCCCGCCCAAGAUUCCCGCCCACCACCACUCCCACGACAUCACACCUGCUCUGUACAACCGCGAAGCGCCGGCCGAUACCCUGAACGAAGCCACCGACGGCCAGGACAUGCGGAUGGAGGUGACUAAGAGUGCGCGCGAGGCGCGCCGGAAGGCGAUCAAGGAAUCGAACUUCUUGCGCGGCCUGUAA